GUGAAAGACUUGCUGUUCACACCGCGCAUGGAUGAGGACAAGAAUAACCAAACCACGUGCGCAAAGAAUGCCAGUCCAGUGUUGAAGUGGGAGAGUGAAUGGACAGGGAUUGCAUGGCAUGUCAAACAGACAUCCCAGGGAUUGCAGCCCCAAAGACCAGUUGUUGUUGCUACCCAGGGUGUUGAGAUUGAUGUCGGUCAGUCACUUUUGGUAGACACCCUGCGAUAG